AACUAGAGAGAGGAACAAGAGUAGAAGAAGAGUCCAGGGUACUGCUGCCUGUUCACCCUCUCCUCUUCCAGCCACAGCCCAUCUUACGAGAAAGGAGGGAGGGAAGGAGAAGGAGAAGAAGAUGGGAAGGAGACAGAGGCAUCGAAUAGAGAUGGAAGCGAGUAGAAGGUGGGAGGAACAAAAUCUGCAGUUCGUAACAAGCGUGUCUUGAUAUGAGGAGAUCGAACUGCAUGGAGUUCCUCGGUGUUUUGAUGCUAUUAUUUGCUUCAUAAAUGCAGGGAGGACACGAGAAAAAUCCCAGUCUAUUGUUAGAGACUGUAUAAAGCCAUCAACCGUUCCAAGAGCGAAGUACAAGCUACGAGCCGGGGUGUAGUGUUUGUGUGGUAUUGGGCUUGGUGGCUUGUGGUGUCUUUGCGUGGGAGCUUGUAUUGAAAGCGAUGCCUUUUAGUGGCAAAGGAAAGAGGUUCUUGGAAGUAGUAGGGGAAGCAGGGCAAGGAGAGGAAGCUAUUUUUGUUGGAGAGAAUAAGAAGCAGAGGAGGAUUGGAGGCAUAGAGGGGUUGGAGCCGAGGUCGGUGCUGGAGACGAGGCGAAGCCUGAGCCCCCCGAGCUCCACCUCCACCCUGUCUUCUUCGUUGUGCUGCGGCGGCGGUGGUGGCGGAGGCGGAGGCGGAGGCUCCUUCGACACCGCCAGCGUGGCCGCGGCGGCGGCGGUCUCGGAUGCCCCCGCGGCCCACAGAUGGCCCAUCUCCGAAGAGUGCGGCGGCGCUGGGUCCCAGAGGAAGGAGGAGUGGGCCGCGGAGCUGCAGCCCAUCACGGCAGGCCUGGACCUCGGCUUCGAUGGCGACGACAAGGGCGGGCUCGGGGUGGAGGACUGGGAGGCCGUCUUCUCAGAGCCCGCCGCCUACCCUGACCAGGACCAGACGUUCCUCGGGUGGAUCAUGGGCAACGUUGAAGACCCCCCCACCUCCUCCGCCGCUGCCGGAGGCGGCGGCCCGAGGCAGCAACCGCAGUUCUCCCCGGGGCCGGCGGAAUUCAAUGGCCAUAAUGCUGGCUUGGGGUUCGGCGGGCUCGCCGACACAGGCUUCGGCCUCGAAACCACCGGAGGGAUGGGUGGAGCUUUAUUGUUCUCCCCUUCCUCUAGUACUCUCCCCCCUCCUCCUCCUCUUUUCUCUUCUUCUGACCUUUCUUCCGGCGGUCGCGGGCUUUCACUUUCGAGCAGCAAUACCAGCGCUUGUAGCAGCGGUAUUCCUCCACCGCCGCCGAGUCCCGGUGACCAAGCUACGACGUUUGGUAGGCAAACUAGCCACACCCUCCACUCACCGACACCGUCGCCGGCGGCCGCCGUAGGGAUGUUCCUCCAAAAGCCCAACUGCAGCUCCAACCCUCUUCUCAACCGCCAACUCCAAUUUCUCUCUCCUUCCAACCCGGCCUUUUUCGUCCCAGUUACCUCGAUCGCCGCCGACCCGGCCGCGCACCAGCCCCCGCCGCCGCCGCAGCUCCUCCCACCCCAGCAUAAACGCCGCCAGUCCAUGGUCUCCAACCCGGCCGGCCAAAUUCCAUCCAGACCUCCCUUUCCGAAACCCUCCGGCACGCCGGACCUGUUCCUCCAAAGAAGCCACCUGGGCCAGCAGCACUCGCAGGGCUCUCCCCUAUCUCACCUGCUGUCGGCACAGGGUGACGACGCCGCCGCCCAGCAGCAGCAGCAGGCGUUGGUGGACGAGCUCUUCGAGGCCGCGAAGAUGGUCGAGGCCGGAGACUCGUUUGGCGCGCGUGGGAUAUUGGCGCGGCUCAAUCACCAGCUUCCCUCCCCACAGGGGAAGCCCCUCCUCCGCUCCGCUUUCUACUUCAAGGAGACUCUCCACCGUAUCCUUGGUGACCCCUCCGAUUCCCACGCGCGCCGAGUCUUCCCGAGUAAUCCCAUCACGGGCUCUCUCGAGGCCGUGCUCAAGCUCACCUCCCUCAAGGCCUUCUCCGAGGUCUCCCCGAUUCUCAUGUUCACGAACGUCACCUGCAUCCAGGCCCUCCUCGAGGGCCUCGCCGGCGCCGACCGCAUCCACAUCGUCGACUUCGAUAUCGGAAGCGGCACCCACUGGUCCGCCUUCAUGCAGGAGCUGGCCCAGAGGAGCUGCACGGAUGGCGGCGGGCCUCCGAUGCUCAGAAUUACCGCCUUCGUCUCGCCCGAAGCUUACCAUCCCCUCGAGCUCAACCUUGCCUGUGGCACCCUUGCCUUCUGGGCUGGCCGCCUUAAUAUUCCAUUUGAAUUCAGUGUGAUGAACCUUGACAACUUCGACCCUUCGGCAGUCCGCAACCUGGUCGAUGCACCCAUUGCCGUGAACCUCCCCGUCGGCUCUGCACACAACCUAUCCCCGACCCUCCUCCGCCUCGUGAAGCAGCUCACCCCGAAAGUCGUGGUCUCGGUGGACCUUGGGUGUGACCGCAGCGAGAUGCCAUUCUCACACCACUUCCUCCAUGCUUUCCAGUCUUGCAUGGUCCUCCUCGACUCCAUUGAUGCUGCAGUCACCGACCGGGAAGUGACCACCAAUAUCGAGUGGUUCAUAGUGCAGCCAUGGAUUGAGAGUAGCGUCCUCGGGCGCCACCGUGCUGCCAACAAGAUGCUCCCCUGGCGGAUGCUCUUUGCAUCAGCUGGCUUUGUACCCCUGCAAUUCAGUAGCGCCACUGAGUCGCAGGCUGACUGCCUCCUGCAGAGGGUGCCGGUGAGGGGCUUCCACGUGGAGACACACCAGGAUUCACUUUUCCUCUAUUGGCAGCAUCGAGAGCUUGUCUCUGUGUCAGCUUGGGGGUGCUGAAGUGCUCUUCUCCUCCAAUCUCUAGCCAAAGGUGCCGCCCGAGUUAACUUAUUCUCUCUGUUAUGUCCAAUUGAUCUUCAACUACGACUGUACUAUAGUGGUAACCUGUUUUUGCGUUAUAUAGCCUCUUCUGGUUUCUCUACUCAAUCGUGAUGUAUUACUGGAGAUAUUAUUUUCAAGUAAGAAGGCAUUUGACAAAUUGGAAGGCCCGCUACAUUUUUAAUUUAUCUGUUGGACAUGGGAAGUGAUCCUCAUGCAAUUUUGACAUUCAAGGAGCAAUUCCAAUCCUAGUUAUGGUUGCUUUACACUUGA